CUGCUAAGGCUUCUGUGGGAGCGCUGGUCUAUUGCGAAUGAGGUACAAGCGCGUACUGCCACCGAGAUCAUACGAGCGUACGUUGGUUUGAGGCGCAGUUCUCUCUCGGACGAAGUGAAACAUCUCGUGAAAUCAUGCUGGAUUGACUGCGGAGGAGCUAUUACAAUCAAUGGCUUGGCUUUGAAAUCGUUUGAAAUUUAUCGGUCGGAAAGGAGAAAGGAGGAGUGUGCGUGUGUGUGUCUGAGAGAGAGAGAGAGAGGGAGAGAGGGAGCGAGAGAAAGGGAGAGAGAGAAAGCGAGAGAGAGAGAGGAGGGAGGGAGGUGGAAAUAAAGAUUCUUUCAACGAUGGAACUUACAAUGGAAAACAUUGGGAAUCUACACGGCGUAUCUCACUCUCAUCAAACGGGCGACUUGAUGAGCUCUGCUCACGGACGGCAGCCCCCGACAUCGCAUCGGAACUUGGUGUCGCACGGACGGUCAGCGAUGGUGUCCAGCAUGGCUUCGAUUCUGGAAGGGGCCGGGGAGUACCGGACAGAUCACACGUUGUCCGGUCCCCUUCACCCCGCGAUGACCAUGUCGUGCGACUCCGGAAUGAGCCUGAGCAGCACCUACACCACGCUGACACCGCUGCAGCACCUGCCCCCCAUCUCCACCGUCUCGGAUAAGUUUCACCACCAUCCCCACUCGCAUCCGCAUCACCACCCAGCACAUCAGCGCCUCACCGCCGGCAACGUCAGCGGAAGCUUUACGCUCAUGCGGGACGACAGGAGUCUAGCCUCAAUGAGCAAUCUGUACGGCCACUACCCGAAAGACAUGUCCGGCAUGGGUCAGCCACUGUCGCCGCUCUCCAACGGCCUUGGCUCUUUGCACAACUCCCAGCAAACUCUCUCCGCGUACGGCCCCGGCACCCAUCUCUCAAAUGACAAGAUGCUCAGCCCGGGGGGCUUCGAGUCCCACGCAGCCAUGCUGUCCCGGAGCGAGGAGCACUUGGCGCGGGGUUUAGGGGGUCACGGGGCCGGCAUGAUGUCAACUCUAAACGGCAUGCACCACCACGGCCACCCGCACUCUCAGGCCAACGGGUCCAUGCUUUCUGAGAGGGACCGGCAGACCGCGGGGGGCGGGCAGGGCGGCGGGUCGGGGCAGGUAGAAGAGAUCAACACCAAGGAGGUGGCGCAGCGGAUAACGGCGGAGCUCAAACGCUACAGCAUCCCUCAGGCCAUCUUCGCCCAGCGGAUCUUGUGUCGUUCCCAGGGUACCCUGUCUGACCUGCUACGGAACCCCAAACCGUGGAGUAAACUCAAGUCCGGCAGGGAGACCUUCCGACGGAUGUGGAAGUGGCUGCAAGAGCCGGAGUUUCAGCGCAUGUCAGCUCUCAGACUAGCGGCCUGCAAGAGGAAGGAGCAGGAGCAGCACAAGGACCGAAACCUGGCCCCCAAAAAGCAGCGGCUGGUCUUCACGGACCUGCAGCGCCGCACCCUCAUCGCCAUCUUCAAGGAGAACAAGCGGCCCUCCAAGGAGAUGCAGAUCACCAUCUCGCAGCAGCUGGGCCUGGAGCUCAACACCGUCAGCAACUUCUUCAUGAACGCCCGCCGCCGCUGCGUCGACCGCUGGCACGACGAGCACGCCCACGGCGCCAGCCCCGGCCAGCCGGGCACCUCCGCCACCACCUUCUCCAAGGCCUGAGAGGGCCCC